AAAAAGGUCACCCCACACCGAAAAUAAAACACCAUCACAGCCAUCUAAGCUUUCUACUUUGCUGUGUACGUCAUCUGCGUGUGUAGAUCAUUCAAUAGAGAAGUAUUAAAGGCAAUUGAGGCCUGACUUUUCACUUGUCAACAACUUCACCAUGUUUCACCCAAAACAAGUAUUUAUUGCAGUCAUAGGCACGGGCGGCGUCGGCCGAACCUUCCUCUCCCAACUCCACUUCCUGGGGUCCAAGCUCUGCCAGGACGCCUCUUCGCCGAUAUACCUCUCCACUAUAGUUCUCUCUACAAGCAAAAAGUUCAUCUCCAGCACCGAUUAUCACCCCAUUCACCUCGACAGCUGGGAGAAGGACCUCGCUGCUUCCACCACCACGCCUCCCUCAUUCUCCGAUCUUGCCGAGUACCUCUCUAAAGCACCAAACAAGGUGGUGUUGGUAGACAACACAAGCAAUGAGACCCUCGCAGAGGCCUACCCGCUGUUCUUGAAGAAGGGCAUCAACAUCGUGACGCCGAACAAGAAGGCGUUCUCGGGUAGCUACGAGCUAUGGCAAAACAUCUUCGGGGCCGCAGCUAAUGGCAGCGGGAUCGGCGGGUACGUGUUCCACGAGAGCAGCGUUGGAGCCGGACUGCCCGUCAUCUCCACACUUAAAGAGCUUGUUGAGACGGGCGACGAGGUGUACAGGAUCGAGGGCGUGUUCUCGGGCACUAUGAGCUUCCUGUUCAACAGCUUCAUGCCUGUCGGUGGCGGAGGUAGCUCCUUCUCGGCCGAGGUCAAGAAGGCGAAGGAAUUGGGGUACACUGAGCCGGACCCAAGAGAUGACUUGAAUGGGCAGGAUGUUGCGCGAAAGUUGACCAUCCUGGCGAGGUUGGUCGGACUGCCAGUGGAGAGUUCUACCUCAUUCCCUGUCCAGAGCCUGAUCCCGUCAGAGCUUGAAGGCUGCAAGAGCGGCGACGAGUUCUUGCAGCGCCUCGGCGAAUUCGAUGGCAAAAUGGAAGAGCUGAAAAAGGGGGCUGCGUCCGAAGGCAAGGUCGUGAGGUUUGUAGGAAGCGUCGAUGUCGCGAAGAACAAGGUUAAGGUCGGGCUAGAGAAUUUCGAUCCUUCCCAUCCUAUUGCGGCACUGAAGGGAAGCGACAACAUCAUCAGCUUCUAUACGAAGCGCUAUGGCGACAACCCCUUAAUCAUUCAAGGGGCUGGUGCAGGCGGCGAAGUUACGGCUAUGGGUGUCACGGCGGAUCUCAUCAAAGUCUUGCGCUUACUUCGAUAGGAGGAGCGUAAGAAACUCAAUUCAUGAAGGUUACGGCAUCCAAUUCAUGAUUGCUUCAUGAAGGUUUCUACUUAGACAGGUAGAUAAAAUAAAUGAGCAAGGAGCUCAUAACUGGCUUGUUAAGAAAUCCAUGAUAUUGCCUGCAAGCCACUGUUAGAAGUGCUUCAAUGUCUUUUCGAGAUCUGAAUGAACUCGAAGUUAACUUUCUGGGCUACCUCAUACCGCGUGGUCUACGAGCAUCUGAAACAG